GAACCGGAAGCGCAGAGCAGAGAGGAGCAGCGGGCUUGUCGUUGGUGGCGGUGGCGGUGGCCGCCAUGGAUCGCGAUGAGGAACCUCUGUCCGCGAGGCCGGCGCUGGAGACCGAGAGCCUGCGAUUCCUGCACGUGACAGGUCAGGGGCGGCGGGCGCCGCCAUGCUCGUGGGCUCCCUGCUGGCCAGCUAUGGCUGGUACAUCCUCUUCAGCUGCAUCCUACUCUACAUUGUCAUCCAGAGGCUCUCCCUUCGACUGAGGGCUUUGAGGCAGAGACAGCUGGACCAAGCCGAGACUGUUCUGGAACCUGAUGUUGUUGUUAAGCGGCAAGAGGCUUUAGCAGCUGCUCGUUUGAGAAUGCAGGAAGAUCUAAAUGCCCAAGUUGAAAAACAUAAGGAAAAACUAAGACAGCUUGAAGAAGAGAAAAGAAGACAGAAGAUUGAAAUGUGGGACAGCAUGCAAGAAGGCAGAAGUUACAAAAGAAAUUCAGGAAGGCCUCAGGAAGAAGAUGGUCCUGGACCUUCUACUUCAUCUGUCAUCCCCAAAGGAAAAUCUGACAAAAAGCCUUUGCGAGGAGGUGGUUAUAACCCUCUGACGGGUGAAGGGGGUGGAACCUGCUCCUGGAGACCUGGACGCAGGGGCCCAUCAUCUGGCGGCUGAAACUAAGACUCUUGUUAGUGUCGCUCUGACAUUAGCAAGGUGAACCUUUAACCCUCAACUCAAUUGCCUUACGCACACUUUCACAGUGACUGGCCAAGGAGAGGUGGGGCUUUUCUCUGUUCUAAACUACUUGUACUUUAAGGGCUUUGGUCAGCAUGAGAUAUAGACAUUGCCAUUAGGCCACACUCUAGACAAGACAGCCAUGGCUUUUAUGGCUGCUGGCUAGUUGGUAGGUUGAAGGCUUCUUGCUGUUUAGCAGACUUCAUAAAGAAGGCCCAGUGAUGAUACUUUGGGGUAGAAGUCCUUGCUGGCAGGAUGGUCUCUGUGACGGGAUGCGUUGAAUGAUGUCUUCCUUAUAAAUGGUGAACCCACCAGUGAGGAUUACUGAUGUUCACAGUUGACGGGGUUUGCUUCUGUAUAUUUAUUUUAUGUACAGAACUUUGUAAAAAAAAAAAAAAGUUAAAUACUUAAAAAGUAACAUUUUUAGCAUCUUUAUUAAACUCAAGGAAAUUUCUUUGUGAGCUUGACUUUGUCAGACAGUAAACAGCUUUGUAUCAUU